GCCAAUGCUCGUGUUACAUUAUAACCUGUAUUGUUGACAACUGUUUGUCAACAAGAUGACAUUAAUUGAAUAUAAUUACUAAACGUCUAAUUGCAGCAUUUUGACAGAUAAUCAUUGAUUUGUCUAAGAUAUCAAUCAGCUGUGAGAUUUAUACAUAUCGUUAUCUGCAAAAUAUUUAUAAAAUUUUUAUACUAUGCUGAAUAAAUGUAAUGUAUGAUUACAGUAUUGUCAAAUUAGUGUCAAUUGAAACUUUGUGUAGUUCUGUAUAACUUACGAAAACAAAAUGUUUAAUCGCUUUAAAUCAGUAUUAAUGAAUGCUGUGGGCGCAAGCGAGUUAGGCCUACAGUAUCAUAAUGAUUCGGAUAAUGAUAUGAUGACAGAUUAUAUUAAUUCUAAUUAUGUCAUGGAAGUAGAAAACAAACCUUAUAGCCGUCCAAGUUUUCUAGGCUUGACAGCUGAAGAGACACAGGUGAGUGCAGAUCACAGAGUAAGGCCUAUAAUAGUUCCAAGGGAUCUUAGUCGUUUACCAUGGUGUGCUGGUUACGCAGAAUGUAUAAAUGCUGGAAAGAGUACUUGGAAUGAGGACCAAGCUUCUGCGACACGUGGAGAUCUAAAAUUGUCAGAUGUUAAUGUCACACUGCCUUAUGUUAUGUUUUCAAUGUUUGACGGCCAUGCAGGGUAUCAAGUUGCCCUUACAGCAAGAUUACAGCUACAUAGAAUAAUUCUUGAAAGGUUACUGGCUAUACCAGCUAAUAUGUUACUGAAUGAAGAUGAAAAUGAGCUGAUAAAGGGCAGAGAUCUAGUUAUAGGUGCUAUAGAAUUAGCAUAUAGACAAAUGGAUCAAAUGGUAGAGGUACAAGCUCAAAAUGGUGGCGGUGGUUGUACAGCUAUUACUAUUCUUUUUCUCAAUGGAAGGCUAUAUGCAGCAGGAGCUGGUGAUUCAAGGGCUGUGUUAGUUUUGGGGGAAGAACAACGUGCUCUCACUAGAGAUCAUACUCCAGAUUCUGAAUCAAAUCGUGUUAGAGCUUUAGGCUUUCUAAGAAGCAAUGAAUUGCUCAAAGGCCAUUUUACUCCAUUGGAGUUUAGAAAAAGACCAUUACAAAAAGAAUUAGGAUCUAUGGUUUUAUAUCGAGAGCCUUUUAUGACAGGUUGGGCGUAUAAAACUUUAACACAUCCAGAUUUAAAAUUACCACUUAUUUCAGGACAUGGAAAAAGGAGUAGAGUAAUGGGAACAAUAGGUGUAACUAGAGGUUUUGGAGAUCAUGGUUUAAAAGCAGCAAACACUGGCGUUAAUAUCAAACCAUUUCUAUCAUCACAACCUGAAAUACAAUCUCUGGACUUGGACAGUUGCAAUCUUACUGAAAGAGAUUGCAUUAUUGUUGCCACAGAUGGACUCUGGGAUGUAGUAUCUGAUAAAACAGCGGCAGCAAUACUUAGAAAGACACUUGCACCUGAUACUCCAUCAUUAGAGUACAGACUGACAAUGGGUGCUCAAGAAUUAGUGCAAGCGGCGAGAGGUCGCUUAAUCGGCAGAGUGUGGAUGGGAAAAUCCGAGAAUCCUAACGAAACAGAUGAAAAAUCUUCACCUAUAGCAUCGGUGGACGAUAUUAGUGUAUUAGUAGUACCUUUAUAUCCUUAUUUAUGUGAACAUAAACAGUGGCUAAAAACGACACAGCAAGAACGAAAAUAUGCUGCGGAUUCUCUAACGACAAUAUGCUUUGAUUAUCCUAUAUCUAAUAGAUCAGCUGAUAGUCCUGCAUAAUAAAUCAUACGAUUAUUCGAACAGAUCUGAUUUCAUAUAAUUUGUAAUGUGAAAUAAGAAAACGAAGUUAUCAUAUAACGUGCAGCUAAUGAGUUACAUUUAUUCACAUUACUACAAUAACUCAUCAUAAAUUCGUGAUUGCUUAUUUAGUCCUAGAAUAAUUAGCAAUAUAAGUGCAAAAGUGCCGCAUAUAUAUUUCAUGGUUCUCUUUUUGAAAUAUUAAAUUGUUGCAUACUGCCACUAUAUGUAUUUUAACUACAAAAGGCUAUGUUUUUAUUAUUUAGACAAACAUUCCAUUAUGAUACCUAUUUUACAUUUACAAAAUCUUGAAAUGUUUGGAACAAAAGUAUUUAAGCAUCUCAUAUAUAAGCACCAAUUCCUGGAUUGUCACUUAUGUAAUUAGUAUAUGUAAACUGUAGGCCAUGUAAUAUUAACAAAAUAUCGAAAUAUUUUUUAUAUUGCUUUUGAGGCAAAUAUGUGUUACCAUUCGACAUUUUAAACGUUUUGAUGUCUUAUUAUAUUCGUUUUUAUGUUAAAAAUAUUAACCCUAUGGUUGCUCAAAAAUUUCUAUAUAUACAUACAUAUGUGUGCUGAGAUUGAGAACUUGUAGGAAAAACAAGUAAAAAUUUAAGUAUAAAUUGAAACUUUUUCCGUUAAUUUAUCGUUAUCCAUAUUGAUUAAUUGUAAUUCAUUUUGGUUUUAUUUAUUGGUAAUUUUGCGAAGUAAUUUUAGCAUGAUGCAGCCAAAGGGUUAAUACAUAAUUGUAAGUAUGAUAUAAAUUAUAAAUGAUCAAUAUGUAUGUGUGUGUGUAAGAAAUUGUAUAUAAAUAGAGAAAGAGUGUUAUUAUAUCUUAUUUGCAAUAUAAAACUAUGAAAAUAAGCAGAUUUUAUGAGAUCAUGUAUUAUGUAGUCUAUAUAGUUAAAUUGUAAUUCUUGUAGUUAUAUUAAAUAAAUAUUACAAAC